GGAGGAAGAGAGAGGUCAGCAGAGGAGAUGCUGAUGGGAGGAAACUGACACACAGAGAGAAGCAGCAGCCUGCAGCUGUUACAGAGAAAGAAAAAGGGAGGUUGAGGGAGCUGAGGGUGACAGCGAGGAGGAUUACAGAGAAACUUUGUGCUCCGGACUUCUAACUUGGACUGAAUAAACAUCAUCACCUUCAUAAAUUAGACUUCAUCGUGCUAAAUGUCUAAGUUAGAUAUGAUAAAUGCUGCAGGGUUCUGGGCUAAAUGAAUUAUACGAGUUUUAAAACUCCAGGUCAAAGAUGUACAUUAGGAUUAUUUAUCAUUAGUAUUUUAAGGAGAAGUAUAAAAUACCAUACAAAGUGUAGAUAAAAAAUACAGCUUACUAACAAAAGACAAAAACAAAAAAAGCUAUAAAUGCAGCUACACAACAUGUGAAAGAAACUCAAAACGAUGCUAUAAUGUGGAAUACACUUUGACAAAUUCACAACUUGGGAUUUAACACACAGAUCAACUGAAAAGCAGAUAAAUGUGGAUUAAGUCAAGGUAAACAAGAAAUACAGUGAGAGUAAUAGUAUCACACAGGACUAAAAGAAAGAAAGAAUUGCACAGCACAGCCAUGAAGUGUUACCAAUGAGUUCCUUCCCAUGAAAUGCAGUCCGAUGACCUCUUUGUGCGUAAGUUUCGUCAACCCCCUACCCGAUCUUCCCCUCACAAAAAUACUUGCGAAACAAAACUUUCAUCAGUCACAGGAACCAAAAGACACAACGGAGGGGGGCGCUCUCUUUCUGAGUCAGAAUCAGAAAAGGGGUCCGGUAGCCCCUCUGCCUCACGCUUUAAAGAUCCCUUCCUACUGCUGGGGCUGGCUGGGAUCAGCCAGGGGCCUCAGGCCCUGGAUGCCAAAGAAAAACUCCCAGAUGGAGGCCCUUUUUUCCACCGACCUAAAAGUUUUGCUCACUAUGAUGUUCAAAGUAUCUUGUUCAACCCAUUUCUGAGGGGAGAGUAUGAAGCCAGACGUAAUGUGAAGAGUGGUGCAUCUGCAGCCUCUCAGAUUAAAACUUGUACCUCUUCUCCCAGGAGAUCUCUAUCCUCUCCUGAGGAACCAGCAGACAAUGGAGAUGGAAAAGACAAUGAACUGCUUCUUAGCUGUCCAUACUUUCGCAAUGAAGUGGGUGGAGAGAACAUGGAAGGUCAAAAAGACCAAAGCUGGGGCUUCUCCUCAGCAAUGGCUUUCAGUACUCCUCAUAUAUGUCCAGUGAGAGGACCAAAUGCAGCAGUAUCUGUGCUGGAGGAAGCCAGGGAGAGAAUGAGGGACAGUAGCUAUUUUGUGGAGUAUCAAGACCUGGGGGCAUUAUAUUACCGGAAGUAUUUUUAUGGCAAAGAACAUCAGAACUUUUUUGGGGUUGAUGAACGCUUGGGUGCCAUAGCCAUAAGCUUACGAAGGGAUGAAAGAGAAGGGUCCCAAAGUAUACAGUACAAUUACAGAAUUAUUUUUCGUACCACUGAGCUAAAGACCCUUCGGGGCUCCAUCCUGGAAGAAGCCUUUCCCUCAGCAAUACGUCACAACUCCUCCAGAGCCAUAUCUCCUAAAAAACUCUUAGAAUAUAUUGUUCCAGAGGUUAACCUUCAGUGCUUGCGCUUAGCAUCCAGCUCUCCUAAAGUUCCAGAAACUCUCCUCAAACUGGAUGAGCAAGGGCUCAGCUUUCAAAGAAAGAUUGGCAUUUUAUACUGUCGAGCUGAACAGGGCUCCGAGGAGGAGAUGUACAACAACGAAACAGCUGGGCAAGCUUUUCAAAAUUUUCUGAAUCUCCUUGGAGAAGAAGUUCGACUGAAAGGGUUUGAGAAAUAUCGAGCACAGCUGGACAACAAAACUGACAGCACAGGAACACAUUCCCUUUACACACGUUACCAAGACUAUGAAAUCAUGUUCCACGUAUCAACAAUGCUUCCAUAUACAGCCAGCAACAGUCAGCAGCUGCUCCGGAAAAGGCAUAUUGGCAAUGACAUUGUAACUAUAAUUUUUCAAGAGCCGGGAGCCCUACCAUUUACACCCAAAACCAUACGCUCGCAUUUUCAACAUAUCUUUCUUGUGGUGAGAGUCCACAAUCCAUGUACCGCUCACACCACCUAUAGUGUAGCUGUAAGUCGUUCAGCUGACACACCAUUCUUUGGCCCAGCAUUACCUCCUGCCAACUUCAGUAAUUCUCCUGAGCUCAGAGACUUUCUGCUUUCCAAAGCUGUAAAUGGUGAGAAUGCAGCUGAACGUGGUGGAAAGUUUUUAGCCAUGGCUACCCGGACAAGAGAAGAGUACUUGAAAGACCUUGCUCGUGACCAUGUAACUACCGCUACUCUGGACUCUUGCUCAUCUAAGUUAGCCAUUUUGGGUCUGUCUAAGAAACGUGACCGAGCAGGCAGCACUGGCACUGGAGACAAGGCUGGAAAAAGUCCUCGUUGGGCCUACACAGUACCUCCUGAAUUUCACAGCCCUGGUGCACUAGUAUGGCCAGUAAGAGCCAAAAGCUACUCAGUCCCUGAUGGUACCUACUUGCUGGGCAUCUCUUCUGAGAUGCUGGUAUUGAUAGAUAUACAAAAAGAGAGAGAAAUUGCCAUAAGCUUUCACUGCUCAUGCAGAGAUGUUUUAGGAUGGACAUAUUCAUCAAAAGGGGGGCUGGACCUUUACUAUGGAGGAGCUGGUAGACUUGAACUCUGUCCAGUGGCGGGUAGUGAUGCAGAAGUUGAAGAAGAGGUGAAUCAUAUUGUGAAGAGACUUCAGGUUGUAUCUGGUGGUUGUGAAACUCGGGAAAUACCUCUUUUGAGAAAUGGUCUGGGUCAGCUUGGGUUUAAGGCAGAUUCUGAAGGAUUUGUGACAGAGGUAGAAAGAUUCAGCAUGGCUGAAACUGUUGGACUUUGUCCUGGAGCUCGAUUAGUGGCAAUCUGUGGCCAACCCUUCUGCUUGCUGAGCCCAAAUGAUGUUCGUUCUCUUUAUCUAAGUGGCAAGAAGGUUACAGUGACCACUUUACCUCCAGAUGAAGCAGGAAAGCCACGCAGGAGUUUCUCGGAGCUGUAUGUGAGGUCUCUGCAGGGUCAAAGAGUUCUUAAGCCAAUAGUAGUGGAUGACAAGGAAAAAUGUUUAGAGAAAGCUAAACCUUCUUCAGAGGCCCGAACCCUCCUUCGUACUUUGUCUGUACAGGAAGAGAGAACUGAGUUCAGGUAUAAUAAAUCUGAUCUUGCUCCACCUGAUGUCAUACCUCAACCUGACCCUGUUGCAGAUGAAAAGAUUGUGGAUGCCUCCUCCCUUGCAUCGAAUAAUGAUGUAUUUGAACCAAGCACCCUCAGUGAAGAAGAAAGUCUCCCAGAAGCUCCAUCUUUUCAAGAACCCCCCAAAGAAGCCCUCUCACCAGCUCCUCCGUCUAUUGAAGAUGAAUGGCAGAGUAUAUCGGAUCUCACCUUGGCCUGUAACAGUAUACUAGAAGCCAUGUCUAAAGAAGGACAGGAGCUGGAGGUAUCUAAAGAGCUGAGGGCACAAAUGCCUUCCUCACCUCCAUCAGGGAAUCUUUCUUACAAAGUCACAGAGCUGGAGUUACAGCUGAAAAGACUGCAGGCGGAACUGAAGAGGGAGCAGGAAGGUCGGGCCCAGCUUCAAGCAGAAGUGCAAAGUCUGAAGAGGACUCAGGAGGAAGCUUUCACUGGAACCUUGCCCCAUGGGGGUGGAGCAAAAAUACUCAGGGGUGGUGCCACCAACUGUGAAGAACUAGCCAAUGACUGUACAGAAAGAGCCAAUGACUGAGUGCAUUUGGGGGCUAGGACUGGUACAGAAGGAUAAGGGGAUGUUAUGUUAUUAAAAAGGAUCCGUAACAUUUAUUUUUUGGCUGCCAAAACAAAUGAUACACUCAAAGGAUAAAACUGUCAGAAGAAAAAAACUUCAUCCUAGAAGAACCUAUUAAUUAAAGGGAUAAUCAGAAAAUAUGGGACUAAUGAGUGACAAACACAAACAAACCUUUGAGUAGAUGGCAUGGACGCUUGUUGUACGUGAAGCAAAUCAUUUACAAGAUGUGAAAAGGAAUCAGAAAGUGAAGCAAGAUUUUAGGUAGUGAGGAAGGAACUGGUUUAAUGAUCAGGGUAGUCAAGGACUGAGGGGAACAAAUCAUUUUAUAGUGUGGGCAGUGAUUACCUUGCUCACGCUUAUUUCAGGGAGGGUUUUUUUUUAAACUGUGAAAGGGGUUAACAAGAUGAUUUGCAGGGGUAUUUUGCAGAAGGUUGCUCUGCAAGCAAAGUAUAAACAGAAUGAUGCUCUGCGGGGGAGUUAUGGUCAGAGCUAUACUCUGCAAAGGUUGUGUAAAUGCAGCUAAUUUGGUAGAAGGAUGUUCUGCAUUGAAUCACUUUGUAAAUAUAAAUGUCUUCCGCCAAUUUUAAACUUUCCAGCCACCGUGAAUGUAUUCCUGGGACAAAAAAAAGGGUAAUAUGUAUCUGUAUGAAGAAAAACCGUGUAAAUCAACAACUGCAAUCAAUAAUGACUGCAGCUUGGAAUUAAAUAUCGUAAUAUUAAAACUGUAUAAAAUUUGACUAAA